CGGAAGUGGUCGUGGAGGCGGAAGUGGCGCGGCCGCGGAGGGCCCUGGAGCGCGGCCGCGGGACCCGGAGCGGGCGCGGCGGCGGCGGCGGCGGCGGCGGCGGCAGGGGGCGGCGCGCUGGAGGCGGCCAUGGCCAAGCGGUACGACUCGGUGGAGUGCCCCUUUUGUGACGAGGUGACCAAGUACGAGAAGCUGGCGAAGAUCGGCCAGGGCACCUUCGGGGAGGUGUUUAAGGCCAACCAUCGCAAGACCGGCCAGAAGGUGGCUCUCAAGAAAGUGCUGAUGGAGAACGAGAAAGAGGGGUUCCCCAUCACGGCUCUGCGGGAAAUCAAGAUCCUUCAGCUCCUAAAGCACGAGAACGUCGUCAACUUGAUUGAGAUCUGUCGGACCAGAGCUUCCCCUUAUAACCGCUGCAAGGGGAGCAUCUACCUGGUGUUCGAUUUCUGCGAGCACGACCUGGCGGGCCUGCUGAGCAACGUGUGGGUCAAGUUCACGCUGGCCGAGAUCAAGCGGGUCAUGCAGAUGCUGCUCAACGGCCUCUACUACAUCCACCGCAACAAGAUCCUGCACAGGGACAUGAAGGCCGCCAACGUGCUCAUCACCCGAGAUGGGGUCUUGAAGCUGGCCGACUUCGGGCUGGCCCGGGCCUUCAGCCUGGCCACGAACAGCCAGCCCAACCGCUACACCAACCGCGUGGUGACGCUCUGGUACCGGCCCCCGGAGCUGCUGCUCGGGGAGCGGGACUACGGCCCCCCCAUUGACCUGUGGGGUGCCGGGUGCAUCAUGGCGGAGAUGUGGACCCGCCGCCCGAUCAUGCAGGGCCACACGGAGCAGCACCAGCUCGCCCUCAUCAGCCAGCUCUGUGGCUCCAUCACCCCGGAGGUCUGGCCGAAGGUGGACAAGUACGAGCUGUUCGAGAAGCUGGAGCUGGUCAAGGGCCAGAAGCGGAAGGUGAAGGACAGGCUGAAGGCCUCCGUGCGCGACCCCUACGCGCUGGACCUCAUCGACAAGCUGCUGGUGCUGGACCCGGCACAGCGCAUCGACAGCGACGACGCCCUGAACCAUGACUUCUUCUGGUCCGACCCGAUGCCCUCGGACCUCAAGGGCAUGCUGUCCACCCACCUGACGUCCAUGUUCGAGUACCUGGCGCCGCCACGCCGGAAGGGCGGUCAGAUCGCGCAGCAGGCCACCAGCCAGAGCCGCAACCCCGCCACCACCAACCAGACGGAGUUCGAGCGUGUCUUCUGAGCAUUGCGGCUCCCC